AUGGCCAAGGACAAGAACAAGUCCAACGCCUCCACCUCCACCUCCACCUCCGCAACUGCCUCCACCUCGACUGGACAAGACAAGAAACGAACCCAAGCCACCGCCGCGUUCGAGAUCGAUGACAUCUUCGCGACCAAGAAACCCAAGCCGGCCGAGUCGACUUCAAACCAGGGUCCCAUGAACAAGAACGGGAAAGGAAAGGCCAAAGCCGUGCAACAAGUACCCGUGAACAACGUGGAGGAGGACGCAGAUUCGGACGAGGAUGAGGAUGUUUCCGACGACCACACUGACGAUUCUUCCGCCGAGUUCGAUCCUGAACAAGAGGAUGAAGCCGAGAUCGAAGACGACGACCAAGACGACCACACCGGGAAGAAUAGCUCCAAAAGACUUCAACCUCAAACACUCGACUCCAUAUCCGCGGCCAUCUUGGCGAACAAGAAUACCAAAACACCCACCGUCGGUUCGGCCCGAGUUGUGGAGACGGUCGUGGAUCCAUCUUCGGCGAUUGAGAGGUAUCGACCACCGCCGAUGGGUGGGGUCGGAAACAAGUUGGAUGAGGAAGAGUUGAAGUUUAGGGAUUCGAGAGGCGAUACGAGUCAGUCCUUCUCUUUUGCUUUAUUCGGGAAGGACAUGCUUGGUGAACUCCUUUUUGGACGAGCAGGGAAACGGACCGAAGAGGGGUAUCCGAUCUACGAUACCAAGGAACUCAAGAUCGGUUUGGGAGGAGGUAAGCACUGCUUCAUCAUACUUCCUUAUGAUUCGGAACUUGACAUCCGCUUCUGGUCUUGUUCAGGUACCCCGGAUUGCCCCUUUGAUUGCCAAUGUUGUACGUCGCGCAGCUUCCGCGCAAAGAGUCGAAACAUCUUACUGACUUUUUUGCCUCGCUCCCCGCACCCACUCUUCAGGUUUCUGA